AUGAGCGGCAACCGAGCUCGAGGCGUUGGAUGCAAGCGGCCAAAAGCCACGAACUGGAGUUUCUACGGCGUUCUUGGCACAAGGGUCGAGGUCGCCACAGCUGCGGACCAACAGCUUGGACCAAAGCUCUGGGUCGGAACGGCAUUGAGCAUAAGGAAUGAGCAUGGAGCACAACCAUUGGCCAUUGGGCAAGCUUGGUGCCGCAGACUAGUGCGAGGAUGGGGAGCAGGGGCUGUGGGACAGGUAAUAGCGUAUCGCAUAGCAGGCAACGACGACUCUGGCGAGGACAAGCCCAUUGUCCCCGUCAAGACCGUCGACAAGGCCCCGGCCCGUACCACCAAGCGCAACACGGAGCCCCAGGCUCCUGCUGCUCCCACUCGCGGCACUGGCAACCGCCGCGGAGGUCCCCGUGGAAACGAAGGUGCUUUCCGUGACCGUGGUGUCGGCAGCGAUAGAAACCAUGCCCGAUCCACUGAUGAAGCCCCUAGAGAUGGUCCCCGUGGUGGCUAUGGAGCUCGUGUCCGUGGGGGCCGCGGCUCGCGUCGCCCCCGUGACAACGAUGACCGCCAUACCUCCCGCACCGGCGUCCACCCUGGCUCCGAGAAGCAGGCUGCCCAGUCUUGGGGUGCCAAUGAAGGCGAUGCCGAACUGAAGGAUGAGCAGGCUGGUGAAGCCAUUGCCCAGUCUGAGAAGAAGGAGGCACUCGCCGAGGACGCCGCUGGCGAAGAGGCCGCCGAGCCCGAGGAUAAAAGUGUUUCCUACGCCACCUACCUCGCCCAACAGGCCGAGAAGAAGCUCAACAUUGACGCCGUCUUCAAGGUCCGCGAGGCUAAUGAGGGUAGCAAGCCCGACAAGAAAUGGGCCGGCGCCAAGGCCCUCGAGAAGAACGAUGACGAAGACUUCAUCUCCGGUAGUCACGGCAAGAAGCAGCGUGAGCGUGAGCGCAAGGUCAAGCAGACCAUCGACUUCGAUCCUCGCUUCGUUGAGCCUGAACGCACCCGUGGUGGCGGCCGCGGAGGCCGCGGUGGACGUGGUGGACGCGGUGGUGAGCGCGGUGGCGACCGUGGACGUGGAGGCAACUUCCGUGGCGGACGUGGUGGUGCUGCUUCUGCUGCUCCCAUCAACACCAAGGAUGAGUCUGCCUUCCCCAGCCUCGGCGGCAAAUAA